AAAAAUUAAAUAUAAAUAUAAAAUAAAACAUCGUACUUUAAAACCCUCAGUCUUCUUCAGCUGUCACUGCUACAAACCCUAAAUUCACCAUGGCCGUAGGAAAGAACAAGAGAAUAUCAAAGGGAAAGAAAGGAGGAAAGAAGAAGGCGUCUGAUCCGUUUGCUAAGAAGGACUGGUACGACAUCAAGGCUCCUUCUGUUUUCAACAACAGAAAUGUUGGCAAGACUCUUGUUACCCGUACUCAGGGUACCAAGAUUGCCUCGGAAGGACUCAAACAUAGAGUGUUUGAGAUAUCACUCGGGGAUCUUCAGGGUGAGGAGGAGCAUGCUUACAGAAAGAUCAGAUUGAGAGCUGAAGAUGUUCAAGGAAAGAACGUCCUCACCAAUUUCUGGGGGAUGAGCUUCACUACAGACAAGUUGAGGUCUUUGGUGAGGAAGUGGCAGACUUUGAUUGAAGCUUAUGUGGAUGUCAAAACAACUGACAACUACACUCUGAGGAUGUUCUGCAUUGGAUUCACCAAAAGACGCCAAAACCAGGUCAAAAGGACAUGCUAUGCUCAAUCCAGCCAAGUUAAACAGAUUCGCCGCAAGAUGAGGGAGAUCAUGAUAGCACAGGCAGCAUCUUGUGAUCUUAAGGAUCUUGUCCAAAAGUUCAUUCCUGAAAUGAUUGGGCGAGAGAUUGAGAAAGCAACAUCAAGCAUCUACCCCUUGCAAAAUGUGUUCAUUCGCAAAGUGAAGAUCCUGAAAGCUCCCAAGUUUGAUCUUGGAAAAUUGAUGGAGGUUCAUGGCGAUUAUUCAGAGGACGUUGGCGUGAAGAUGGAGAGGCCUGCUGAUGAGACACCAGUUGAAGGUGUUACUGAAGUAAUUGGAGCUUAAAAGAUUGCGAGAUGUCUU